UGCCAGCACUCGGGCCAUAAGUGACGACGCUGCCGCUUCCGUACUUGGCUUCGUUGGUGCCGCAUAAACAAUGCCACUCCCCCAAGCAUAAAUACGUGGGUCAGUGUUUUAUAUAUAAUACCAGUUGCAAUUGUUGGUUAAAAAUAAACCAGCUCCCAUUAAAGAAUACAACGGAGUCUAAAAAUAAACUAGAAGCUAGUGAAAAUUGACAAUUGCAUCAUGGAGAAAACAUUCGCCAUAACACCCUGGAAAUAUGCACUACUUACCACAUGCAUUCUAAUCUCUGCACUUAACGUAUUAUUCUUUUCCUGUGGCGUCGUCACUUGGGGCGCCUCCUUAUGCGUCUAUGGCGGCUAUGCAGUUGCCCUGCUUGGUGCAUCUAUUUUCGCAGCCGCCUUUUUGGGUGUCUAUGUUUCGCUCAAGGAGUCCUACAAGUAUUCCAUUUAUUUCCUAAUCAGCACUGUCUUGGUAAUGACUAUGUUGACCGCAUACUUCUUUACCUUCUCGUCGCUGAAGGGCACUUUGUUGCGACAGUUCGAUGAUCGCGUCAAGCGUUUGUUUGAGGAGAAAUCCGUCAACGAUGAUACUAUGCAGCCCAUACACAGUUUGUUCCGUUGCUGUGGCUUGGAUGGACCACAGGAUUAUCUGGGCAAGGAGGAGGGCGCUCUGCCAGCCAGCUGCUGCUAUUCAGCUGAUUGCACCAAACCCUCGAACAUUAAUGAUGAGGGCUGCGCCACAAAGGCGCCUCGAUUCCUACUUCUGCAAGCAGAUAUCAAUUACUACGCUUCCAUUGCUAUAUUCAUACUGCAGGUACUCAGCUUGUUUGCCGCCUUUUUCAUGGGCAAGGCACGCAAGUUGAUCAAGACAAAGGAUGACGAGACUCCCAUUAAUGAGAACUAACAAGCGAAAGCAAUAGAUGCUUAGUCCAAUUAGUUGUUAAUUAUAGUAGGAAAAUGCGAAAACGAAAUAACGUCGAACCGUGGCAAAUAGUCAAAUUAUGAAUUUUAUGAUCACUCAAUAAAAUUAAUAAGAAAUACGUUA